AAAGCUCCGAGAAAUUUCGCGGAGAACUUUUAGUCAAAAAGAAGAAUGGAUGGAGUUUUCUUCAUCUUAAGCAGAUCCUCUCUCUCUUAACCCAGAAUUCUAUCUUCUCUUUUUGAUUACCCGGAAAACCUAAUCCAAGCCUCGGCCAUCAAACCCAUUUUCGUUGACAUCUCAAACACCCAUGGAUCGCAACGAGGGCCAAACCAGCAGUGCGAGUCCAAACAAAAACGGCUCUACCCCUCCUGUUAACUCACAGGAUAUCUCUCCUUUUUCGGUACAACCAAACUCGACAACCGCAAGUAAUUACGACGUCUUUCUCAGUUUCAGAGGUGAAGACACUCGCAAGAAUUUCACCGAUCACCUCUAUUCUGCCUUGAUGCGAGUCGGAAUUCGUACCUUUCGAGAUGACGAGGAGCUUCAAAGAGGAAAGACCAUCUUUACUGAAUUACGCAAUGUGAUUCGUGGAACGAAGAUUUCCAUUGUGGUUUUUUCCAAAGGCUACGCUUCUUCCACAUGGUGUCUUGAUGAACUAGUGGAGAUUGUGCACGGUAGGAACACCAUAGGCCACACUCUUUUUCCUAUAUUUUAUCACGUGGAUCCUUCGGAUGUUCGAAAACAGACUCGAACUUUUGCAGAAGCCUUUGUUAGGCAUGAAGAGCGGUUUCAAACCGAUAUGGAGAGGGUGCAGAGGUGGAGAGUAUCUCUUACUGAAGCUGCGAAUUGUUCCGGCUGGAAUCUCUCGAGUCUUGCAAAUGGGUAUGAAUCAAGCUUCAUUGACAAGAUUGUUGCACAAGUUUCUUGUGAAGUGGAACCAGUUGGCUUGAAAGUUGCCAGACACUUGGUAGGAAUAAAUAAUCGUGUUGAUCAAGUUAAAGAUUUGUUAAAUCUUGGAAUAAAUGACGUUCGUAUUGUAGGCAUUUACGGUAUGGGUGGAAUAGGUAAAACAACACUAGCAAAAGCUGUGCAUAACCAAAUAUGUUGUGAAUUUGUUGGAAGUAGUUGUCUUUUAGACAUUAAAGAAAUGUCAGAACGACCUAAUGGAUUAGUUUGUUUACAAGAACAACUUCUUUCUGAUAUAUUAAAAACAAAGAAUUUGAAGAUUGACAAUGUUGAUCGAGGAAUCAAUUUGAUUGAGAAAAGAAUUCAUGGAAAAAGAGUUCUUGUUGUUCUUGAUAAUGUGGAUAACUUGAAACAAUUCUACACAUUAGUCGGAAACUUAGAAUUGUUUGGUCCGAGAAGUAGAGUCAUUGUAACAACUAGAGAUGAACAUGUGCUAAUUAAACUUGGAGUACAUGGAAAAUAUAAAGUUGAAGAAUUGGGAGAGGAGGAGUCUCUUCAACUUUUCAGUUUGAAUGCCUUCAGCAUGCUUUAUCCAAAAGAAUAUUACUGGGAACUUUCAAUUUGUGUAGUGAAUUAUUGCAGAGGUCUUCCAUUAGCUCUUGAAGUUUUGGGUUCUUUUUUAUUAGGAAGAAGCGUUGCUGAAUGGAUAAGCGAAUUGGAAAAAUUACAAAAAUUUCCUCACCCCGAGAUUCAAGAAAUACUUAAAAUAAGCUUUGAUUCACUAGAUGGUGAUGCAAAGGACAUAUUCCUUGAUGUUGCAUGUUCCUUUGUCGAUAUGGAUAAAGAAUAUGUUAUCAAAAUACUUGAUGGCUGUGGUUUCUAUCCAAUUAUUGGUAUCAGUAUUCUCAUUCAGAGAUCCCUUGUGACAAUUGAUCACGAAAAUAAGUUGAGGAUGCAUGAUCUUAUUCGAGAUAUGGGAAGGGAGAUUGUUCGAGAAAAGUCACCCAAUUUUCCAGGAAAACGUAGUAGGUUGUGGUUUCAUGAGGAUGUCUUAAAUGUGUUACAGAGACAUACGGUAAGUGGCAUAUGCAUUUAUAUGUAUAAGCAAAUGCACAUACACAGUCACAUAAUAUAUGUCAUAUGUAGGUGUGGAUCAGAAACGGUGGAGGCUCUCAUCUUAAAUCUAUCUGAACUUGAAGAUAUAAAUUUGAAAACUAAAGCAUUUACAAAAAUGAAGAAUUUGAGAUUGCUCCAAAUGAAUGUUGUACAUCUCACGGGAUCCUUUGAACAUCUCUCUAAAGAGCUAAGAUGGCUAGCUUGGCAUAAUUGUCCUCUGGAAUUUCUACCACAGAAUUUUCAUCUAGAGAAACUUGUUAUUCUUGACAUGCAGCAUAGUAAUGUCAAACAAAUUUGGAAGAACAAAAUACUGAGCGAAUUGAAGGUCCUUAAUCUCAGCAAUUCCAAAUAUCUCACCAAAUCACCAAACUUCUCUCAAGUGCCACAAUUAGAGAUACUGAUACUUGAAGGUUGCAUAAGCUUGGUUCAUGUUCACGAGUCCAUUGGAGAUCUGAAAAGACUUACUCUACUAAAUUUAGAAGGAUGUAAGAACUUUAGAAAUCUUCCAAGAAGCAUUUCGAAUUUAAAAUCUCUCGAAACUCUUAACAUGUCCAGCUGUUUAAAACUUGACAAGUUACCAGAGGAAUUGGGGAAUAUGAUGGCUUUAACCCAGUUGUUUUUAGACAGGACUGCUAUUAAGCAACUACCAUCAUCGUUUGGUCUUUUGAAGAAUCUUAAGAUUGUAUCAUUAUCUGAAUGUAAAGAACAAUCCUCAAGAUCUUGGUCAUCACUUCUCUCAUCAUGGAUGCCACUAAGAAGCUUGAACCGAGUAAGUUUGCUACCAACUUCCAUUUUUGGAUUACGUUCUUUGACAAGACUAGAUCUCCGUGAGUGCAACUUGUCUGAAGAUGAGAUUCCUGUUAAUUUUGGAAGUUUAUCUUCACUCUGGAAUUUGGAUUUAUCAAGAAACAAUUUUCGUAACUUGCCUUAUUGCAUCAGUUGCCUUCCUAAAUUGUCCUUUUUGUGGUUAGUUGAGUGUAUGAAACUUCAAUCAAUUUCUGGACUCCCCACAAGUCUAGGCUACUUGGAUGCAAGUGGUUGCACAUCAUUGGAAAGACUCUCAAUUUUGUCGAAUCAUAAAAGGGCAGAGUUUUUCAACUUUCGUAAUUGCCACAAAUUGACUGAGAUUCAAGGCUUGGAGAAUUUGGAAUUAUCUCCGGUGAUUCACACGGAAGGGUGUAACAAUCUAGCAUAUGAUUUUAGGAGUCAUCUCCAGUUGCGCGAUGAUCAGUAUCGUGUCAUUUGCCUCUCUGGUAGUGAUGUUCCAAAUUGGUUCAGUCAUCAGAGAAUUGGAUGUUCGAUAUCCUUCCAUGUACCUUCAAUUUUAGAUGGUCAAAUCCUACGAUUGCUUGUUUGUGCUGUUUAUGUAGCCAAUGAAGGAUCAUAUGACAUGCAUGGUUUUCAUCCUCACGUGAUAAUCCAUAAUAAAGCUAUAGGCUACCAGUCUAUUAUUUCUCCAAUAUUCUUUCCCGGCCCAACCUAUGGAGAUCAUUUCUUUCUAUACCAGAUGCCACUCAAAAUUAUAAAUGAAUUGGAGAUGGAAAGUGGAGACGAAAUUGAGGUGUCCAUCGAAGUUUCGGCAAGAGCUAAAGUGAAGCAGUGUGGAAUUCAUUUACUUGAUGAGCCAAAUAUACUCAACAAGUUGAAGGUCAUUAAUCUUAGUAAUUUCAAAUACCUCACCAAAUCACCAGACUUCUCUCAAGUGCCACAACUGGAGACACUAAUACUUGAAGGUUGCACAAGUUUGGUUGAGAUUCACGAGUCCAUCGGAUGCUUGAAAAACCUUGUUUUGCUGAAUUUAAGAGGAUGCAAGAGUCUUGUGUAUUUUCCAUGCAGCAUUUCUAACUUCAGAUAUCUCGAAUUUCUUGAUUUGGUUGACUGCUUACAAGUUAACAUUGGGAGUAUGUUUGCUUCAACAGAGUUGCUUGCAGAUGAAAUCGGUAUUAAGCAAUCCCCACGCGUUGCAUCAUUAUCGGGAUGUAAUGAACAAUCCUCAAAAUCUUGGUUGUCACUUUUCUCAUCAUUGAUGUCACCAAAAAGCUUGAACCCAAUUUGUUUUAUACCACAUUCUGUUUCUAGAUUACGUUCUUUAACAACACUAAAUCUCUCUGGGCAUUUGUCUGAAGAUAUGUUUCGUAUUGAUUUUGAGAGUUUCUCUUCACUCCACUAUUUGGAUUUAUCAAGAAACAAUUUUCGUAACCUACCUGAUUGCAUCGGUCGCCUUCCUAAAUUGUACAAUUUGCAUUUGCAUGAGUGUACGGCUCUUCAAUCCAUUUCAGGACUCUUCUCAAGUGUAAGCUUUGUUGGAUGCAAGAGAUUGUACAUCAAGGGAACGACUCUCAAUUUCGUCAAACCACAAGAGAGGACUACUUAUUUACCUUCGUCAUUGCCACAAAUUGCCGGAGAUUCGAAGAUUGGAAAAUUGGGAAAUUUCUUCUAUUCACAAUCAAGCAUAUGAUUUUAGGAGUCAUCUCCAGGCUCUCUCUCUCUCUCUCAUAUUGUAUGAUGUGAACAUUUUUUUUUUUUGAAUAGUGUACGUCAAGCACGUUCCAAAAUCAUCAUUGUUACAUUUGCCUCCCUGGUAGUCAGCUUCCAAAUUGGUUCAGCCAUCGGAGGAUUGGGUCUUCCAUAUCCUUCCAUGUACCUUCAAUUUCAAAGGGUCAAUUCCUUUGGUUGCUUGUUUGUGCUGUUUACAGCGACGAAAACUAUGAAAACAAUAAGCGUUUGUCUUU